AUGUUCUCGACCUUCACCGGUAACUCCAGGCGCCCGCGCAACGUCAACCUCAGCGGCCAAGCCGGGAACCCUUUUGCCAACACCUCGUGGAGUCCCUCGGCCGUCUCCAACGCCACCAAGACCGUCUCAAAUGCCCAAGCCGAUCGCGAGAAGCGUCACGCAGAACGACAACGUCUAAAGGCCGCCGGCAAGAUUCAGCAAACGUGGAGAGGUCAUCGGGCUAGAACGAGCCUCCGCGAGUCUCGCCGAGCUGCAUUCGAUCAGCUCUAUAGCUCGACACCCACGGGAGAUGCAACUCAGAGGCUGCCGCAAGCCUUCACACUCCUCUUAUCCUUUUUUACCUGGCGAAGAAACGACGAUAUUCGACGACUUUCGCUCUAUGCACGCGACUCCGAGACCGUCGACCUCCAAGCCAUUGCUCCUGCCGAUAUCCAUCAAUCAAGAGUUCAACGGCUAGUCCGAUUGCUCGUUGAAGCAAUAGAUAGAAGCAUUUCACAAGAAGACAUAGCUACCGAGACACAGCUACUGUUAAAGCUCACCACUCGAAUAAUCUCCGCCUCUCCUCAAACGAUACUGCCAUCGAUCGAUAGAUACUAUACUGUGCUAGCCAAGCGAUGUCAAACUCAGGACCUGACUCAAGAUUGGUCAACCCUCCUCCUCGAAGCACUGUCUGCUCCGGUUUACCGUGCUUACGCCUUUUCCUUCUUGACGAGCAAAAGUCUACAUCUCUUUGAAGACAAUAUCGAUGUCUUUUCCAAAGCGGUUUCAGCACCUACACUAGCAAGCGCUAUUCUAGACGAACUUUCUUCAGCCUCUGUUGACCAGUACUCCAAAGAUGGCUUGCUUUGGCUACUGGCUCACUUUAUCGACUUGGGUCGCCUCACCCUAGAUGGAUCUCACAGGUUCAAUUACUUGGAGACUCUAUACACUCAGCUGUCAGCCCUCUCCUCAGAUAUCAGCGUUCGCAUCGGCAUCAAGGUCUCUUUGGAGAGUUCUGAUUCUGAAGAAGCUCAUGAUGAGGCUCUCGUGCAGCCACUGGAUCCUUACAUCUCCAGAAAACUUCUAUCGCUGGUUGAAAAUAACGGCAUCUCAAAGCUCCUGCAAGAUUUCUCAAUCAACUUAGCAGAGUCCUCGACUCACGAAUUUCGCGGCACAAGCCUCUUAGCAGGCUAUAUCCUAACACUCCUCCGGUGCUUUCCUAGCAGUGGCGACGACAUUCGAAUGCGGUUGUUUCGCGAGCAAAUACCAGCUGCAUCUGGCAAGAUCCCGACGGUCAAGUUUCUCUGGCAAAUUAUGAAGCAGACGACUGUAUUCCACAAGUUGAGAACAGAGUCAGAGCGGCCAGUCGAGAUUCUCCGCAGGUACUUACGUGCUUCUUCUGAUACCCCCAAUGCCACCGUGGAAGAACAAGAAUGGCGCGUCAUUCUGCUUUUCCUUGAGCUUUACAUCUUCAUACUCAGGUUGAGUGAUGACGAAGACUUUUUCAGCGGCAUUUACCCUCGGCUCAUGGAGAACUCGGCCACAUCGCACAUUCAAUCCUGUAGUCUGUCGCUAGGUGACAUAAGCCCCUUGACAAUCUUUCUGAAAAACACCGCCUUCACUCUUCAUUACAAAACUCAGGAAUUUUCCAAGUCACGAGAAGCCAUUGAGGCUGCUAGCAAAUCUCGUAUGGACUCUUACUUUGGUUCUGCAGGGUCUGGAAGAGAAACGCAAGGGACCCCGGCCUCGAGGCCCGCUACAAGACUGGACCUAGACAGUCUCCGGGGCAUUGUGACUGAGGCCAUGAAGAUGCUAUACGAAAGGGACUCGAGAAAGCAAUUCCUCCCUGUAAACCAUUGGCUCAUGACAGACAAACUCGACAAGGAAGACUUUGUAAGUGCCGUCAUCGCAGAGGAACAGCGACAGAACCAGGAGGGAGAGGGGGAUAGCGAUGAGGACAUGGACUCCGAUGUUGAAGCCGACCUCGAAGCCGACCAGGGAUUCUACUCUACCAUCGCUGGUCAAAGGCUCUCGCGCCAUGCUAGGUUGGAGCGGUUGAAAUCUCAACAAAUGCGGGUGCAGCGAGAACGACGACUCGCUGAGCUGGGUCCGAAGCUGGAGAUUCUCAAGCACAUGCCGUUUGUUGUUCCGUUCGAAACACGAGUCAUGAUCUUCCGUCAAUUCAUCCAACUUGAUCGGAUGCGCAGGGAUGGAGACAGUCCUUUUCCCGUUCACCCUUUUGCCAGGCACCAUGCUCAAAUCCGUCGGAAACGGCUCUUUGAAGAUGCGUACAAACAGUUUUAUGAGAUCGGCGAGGGGCUCAAAGAUCCUAUCCAGAUUACUUUUGUGGAUCAAUUCGGCACCCCAGAAGCUGGUAUUGAUGGAGGCGGCGUCACCAAGGAAUUUCUCAUCAGCGUCACCUCGGAAGCAUUUGGAGAUGAGGACAAGGGACUUGGAAUGUUUACCUCCAACGAAAAAGGACUCCUUUAUCCCGAUCCAACUGCCGCCGAUGCGCUGCGAGAGUCCUUGCGAGAAAGCGGAACGACGGAAUCGGACCCCGAGUGGAAAGGACACAUGGCCAGCCUCCUCAAGCGCUUUGAGUUUCUGGGCAGAAUCGUCGGCAAGUGCAUGUACGAAGGAAUUCUUGUAGAUCUAGCUUUUGGAGGCUUCUUUCUCUUAAAGUGGGCAUCGUCCGGGCCCAACGACGAGAAUAGCUACAAAGGCAGCGUCAACGAUUUGCGCGACAUGGACGAGGAACUUUACAACGGCAUGCUUCGAGUGAAGAACUAUCCCGGAGACAUUUCAGAACUAGGUAUCGACUUUACGGUGACGGACCAGAUCUCCCAGACUGGACAGCCGGUGAAAACCAUGACGAGAAAGCUCAUUGCCAAUGGCGACCAGGUACAAGUCACCAACGACAACCGACUCCUCUACAUCUCCUACAUCGCCCGCCACCGUCUCGUCACUCAGCCGUCUCUACAGACCGCGGCCUUCCUUCGCGGCCUCCGCGCCAUCAUCCGUCCCUCGUGGCUAUCCAUGUUCAAUCAGUCUGAGCUCCAGCGCCUCGUCGGGGGAGACUCGUCCGAGAUCGACAUCGAGGACCUCCGCCGCAACACUAUCUACAGCGGCCUCUACGAGGUUGGCGACGACGGCCAGGAGCACGACACCAUCCGGAUCUUCUGGAAGGUCAUGCAGGGCUUUACGGAUACCCAGCGCCGUGACGUGCUCAAGUACGUCAGCUCAACGCCGCGCGCUCCGCUGCUGGGCUUCUCGCAACUCAAGCCCAAGUUCAGCAUCCGCGAUGGUGGGACGGAUGAGGAGCGGUUGCCGAGCACCAGCACGUGUGUCAAUUUGCUGAAGCUUCCGAGAUAUACCUCUGAAGCAGUUCUCCGAGAGAAACUUCUGUAUGCUGUUACCUCGGGGGCUGGGUUCGAUCUGAGUUAA